ACACGCUCGGGCGGUUUACCGGAGGUACUCCCAAGCCGCGACUAUAUCAAGAAGUGGGCUGCUGGUUGGCGAAAACGCUUUGGCAUCCGAAGGGCGCCCUUGCCCAUGGCCAUUCCAGCAGAUGCACCGAGCUUGCGGGCAAAGGUGAAAUGCUUCUGGAAGAUGCUGGCGUUUCAGCGUGGUCCAGAGGCUUGUGAUGGUCGUGAGAUUUUGUAUCUCAAUGUGGAUGAAACAAGUGUGCCCUACACUGCACGACCUGCUAUUGGUUGUGUGAUCAACCGCAAGCAGUACAAGAGCUCCGGCCUCCCAGCCGUGCCCCACGCCAAAAUCCAGCCUGCCGGCAGGCGAGGUACUUUUACGUACUGCGCUGUUAUUGCUUCAAAUACAGGAAUUCAACCAGCACUACCCCACUUUCUUGUGAGCAAUGGCACCAGGCUGAGCAGCAAGGUAGUGAAGGCCUUCAAGUGCUUGCCGAAGACCCAAUUGCAAGUGCUUCGCCGGAAGAGUGCGUGGGUUACCAGUGAUUUGAUGAUCGCAAUCUUGCAAGAAGUGGCAAAAGCAUUAGAACCGUUUUUGCAUCAAUUUAGGCCGGUAUUGCUCUUGGACGGGGCGCCAGCUCACGUUUCAGAGGCAGUCAUGCGUGCUGCAAGAAAGUUGAACAUUUCGCUGGUAUAUAUUCCAUGUGGAGCAACUAGCCUGUGCCAGCCUUUGGACGUCUAUGCGUUCUCCAGCUUCAAGCAAUACCUCCGCCAGAAAUACCACGAGCACAGGCAGACAGCCACUGAUGGCUUGCCAUCGACUUUAGC